AUGAGGCUGUGGCUAGUUCUCUUGCUCAGCUUCCCAGGCUGUUUCUCCAUCAAAGGCCCAGAGUCCGUGAGGGGCCUGGAGGGGGGCUCGGUGAGCGUGCAGUGUCAAUAUACACCAGUAUGGGAGACUUACAAGAAGUGGUGGUGUCGCGGAGCGGACUGGGAGUCAUGCCACACCCUCGUUGAAACUGAUGGAUCAGAGCAAGAAACGAAGGUAGACCGUGUGUCCAUCAGGGACAACCGGAGUCACCUCUUGUUCACAGUGACCAUGGAGGAGGUCAGGCAAAGUGACACAGACACUUACUGGUGUGGGAUUAGCAGAUAUGGAACUGACCGUGGGGCAUCUAUCAAAGUGACCAUUGACCCAGUGGACAUGGUUCUGAGCACCUCGGUGAGCCCAAGAUCCAGGACAACUACCAGCAGACGUACAGGGGUGACAUCCAACUCCUACAUCAGGAACCACUACGUUCUCCUGGCUUUCCUGAAGGUGUCGGUCUUGCUCAUGUUGGUCGGUGCUAUCUUUUGGUUGAAGGGGUCUCAGCAGAGACUGCCCAUCUAUAUGAACUUGUCCUCUGAUCUCGUCAGAGACACAGCCCCUUAG